AUGCCGAAUCCUGAAGAUUACACUGUUGGGUGGAUCUGUGCUAUAAGCACUGAGCGUGUCGCCGCCGAAGCUUUUCUAGACGAGAAGCAUGCAGGUCCUGAAGAUGUCUCUGCCCAUGAUAAUAAUGACUAUGCUCUAGGGAAAAUGGGAAGACACAACGUGGUCAUCGCUGUCCUACCCGACGGCGAAUAUGGAACAGCUUCUGCAGCUACUGUUGCGAGAGAUAUGUUGCACAGCUUUCCCAAUAUCAGGAUCGGCUUAAUGGUGGGCAUUGGCGGUGGUGCACCAAGUGCCGAGCACGACAUCCGCCUAGGCGACAUUGUUGUCAGCGCGCCUCGUAACGGGAAAGGAGGUGUAUUUCAAUACGACUUUAGUAAAACGAUGCAGGAUCAAGCAUUCCAACAAACCAGAUUCUUAGACCAGCCACCGACAAUUUUAAGAGCGGCCAUCGCCGGACUUAAAGCUCAAUACGAGGCUGAGGGUCAUGAGUUAGAAGAAAUGAUCAAUGGCAUUCUUGCCAGAAAGCGAAAGCUACAGAAGAAUUAUAGGCGUCCAGACCCAAGUAGCGAUAAAUUGUUCCAAAGCGAGAUAGUUCAUCCGCCAGAUGAAAGAAGCUGUACGGCAUUUUGCCUUGAUAGUCCGUCCAAUUUGCAGCCUCGCCAUGAACGAACAGAGGACGAUGACAAUCCAACAGUUCACUAUGGCACCAUCGCUUCAGCAAACCAAUUAAUGAACGAUGCGAAAUUAAGAGACAGGCUUGCGGCCGAGAAUGCUGUGCUAUGCUUUGAGAUGGAGGCAGCAGGGUUAAUAAAUCACUUUCCUUGUCUGGUCAUCCGUGGAGUUUGCGACUACUCAGACUCGCAUAAAUAUGCAGAUUGGCAUGGUUAUGCAGCAAUGACUGCUGCUGCAUACGCCAAAGACCUCCUCAACCGAAUCCCCCCCAAGAAAAUCGAGUCCGAGAAAAGGAUCAUUGAUAUAGUUAUGAAAAUUGCGGAAGGGGCUGCCUUUGACUCCCACGCCGAGGAGCACAACCCGACUUGCUUACCGGAUACGCGAGUUGAAUUACUCCAGCAUAUCAUGAGUUGGACUCAGGAUCCAAACGCCAAGGCCAUUUUCUGGCUAAAUGGAAUGGCUGGAACAGGCAAGUCGACCGUUUCACGCACUAUUGCCAAAUCUCUUGUCAGAACCGGUUAUCUGGGCGCCAGCUUUUUCUUUAAAAGAGGCGACGGUGAUCGAGGAAGCUCGGCAAAGCUAUUUACAACUAUAGCCGCCCAACUAGCCAUAAUGCAAACCGAUAUCGGACCUUAUGUCAAAGAUGCAAUUAAAUUAAAUUCUGAUAUUGAUCAGAGAAAAUCAGGCUUUAUUGUUAUAGUUAUUGAUGCCCUAGACGAGUGUGAGCUAGAGGAUGAUGUUAAACUUAUCAUCCGUCUCUUCAAUUAUGACAAAAGUUUGGGGCUAAGAGUCUUUCUCACCAGUCGGCCGGAGCUCCUAAUUCGUUUAGGAUUUUCUUAUACUAUGGUUAAGAUGGCAGUUCCGCUUUUUAUUUUUGCCUCCACGAUAUGUCGCUUUCUUGCCGACCGCAAAUGUGGAAGCCCUGAUGACCAACUUCGCAAGGUCCUAGAGUAUGAAACCAAAAGCCAAGAGUCUAAACUCGACGCAACCUACCUGCCUGUCCUUAAUCAACAGAUUGCUGGGCUUAUUACAAGGGAGCGAAAUGAAGUGUUGCAGCAGUUCAAAUACAUUGUUGGCAGCAUCGUGCUCCUGGCAAGCCCUUUGUCGACAUCCAGUCUAUUACAGCUCCUCAGAAUUUCUAGGGAUGCCAUUGAUACAAGACUAGAUAUGCUUCAUUCCGUUUUAAGCAUACCGCAGUCAUCUGAGUCUCCAAUAAGGUUAUUGCAUUUAUCUUUUCGCGAUUUCCUAGUCGAUUCUGAAAAGAAAGGACUGAACCCUUUUUGGAUCGAUAAAGCAGAAACUCAUGCAAAAAUGACAGAUAAUUGUUUGCACGUCAUGAAAGGAUUCCUUCGAGAAGACAUGUGUGGCUUACGAUCACAGGGACUGGAGAGUUCGAUAUACGCAUGCUUAAAUUGGGUAUUCCACCUUCAGGGAGCAAAUUAUCACGUCGAAAAUUAUGCAGAAACACUUCAAUUUCUGGAGCAACAUUUUUUACAUUGGGUUGAGGCGUUGAGCCUGAUACAGCAAGCACCAGAGAGCGUUAAGAUGAUCACAAGCUUACAAGCGCUUUCACUGAAAAAAAGUAACAAACUGCUCUCUGAAUUUUUAGAUGACGCUUUGCGUAUCCUUCAGCCAAGUUUACAUAUAAUUGCCAGUGCACCCCUUCAGAUUUACUCUUCGGUUCUUUUAUUUGCUCCGAGCGAGAGUAUCGUCAAGAACCUGUUCAAGGAGAGAAUACCUAAGUGGAUAUCUCUCGAACCGAAGGUAGAGCGCAGUUGGAAUCAAUGCAUAAAGACACUGGAGGGUCAUCUGGAUAUUGUUAAUUCCGUGGCCUUCUCUCCCAAUUCAUCGCUUCUAGCAUCGGCGUCAGAUGAUAAAACUAUUCGACUAUGGAACAUUAAUACCGGCGAGUGUAUUGAAGAGUUUAAGGGCCAUACCAAACCAGUUAAUGCAGUGGUCUUCUCGCAUGAUUCGUUAUAUGUGUUAUCAGGUUCAGAGGAUACGACUAUCCGGCUGUGGUGCAUUGAUACAGGUAAAUGCGUCCACACCCUCGAGGGUCAUGAUUUUGCAGUCAUAUCCGUGGCUUUCUCGCAUGAUUCGUCAUUUGUAGCAUCGGCAUCUGAUGAUCAUGUUAUCCGGCUAUGGCGCGUUGACACGAGCGAGUGUGUUCACAUACUAGGCAUGCCGAGUAAGGAACGUUAUAUGCAGGGAUCUUCUUUGGCUUUUUCAAAUGAUUCGUCGCUUCUAGCAGCAGGCUUUAGUCAUGAAACUAUUACCCAGCUAUGGGAGACGAAUACCGGCACGUACGUACGGACACUUGCUAGCCGUGAAACGUUAGAAUCUCAUUCCGAUGCUUCGAUAGCUUUCUCGCAUGAUUUAUCACUUGUCGCAUCCUCUUCAAAUCACGUCAUUCAAGUAUGGCGCGCUGAUACAGGCGAUUGCGUUCAAAAAUUUAAAGGGCAUUGUCGAAAGGUUUUUUCUAUAGCACUUUCACAUGACUCAUCUCUUAUGGUAUCAGCUUCCUCAGAUAAAACUGUCCGACUAUGGAACGUUGAAACGGGCACGUGUAUACGAAACUUUGAAGGCCAUACUGAGAGUGUUUUAUCUGUGGCUUUCUCGCAUGAGUCGACCAUUAUAGCAUCAUCAUCAGGGGAUGGAACUAUUCGUUUAUGGCAAAAUAACUUAGAUAACGAUGUCCAGGAAUCCGAUGACUAUAGCAAUAAGGCUCUCCCGCUAAAGCGUGCCGAAACAAGCGACAGCAUCCAAGGAAAUAGAGGCUAUAGCGAAGGCGUAAAAGAUAUGGUCUUUUCUCAUGAUUCAUCGCUCGUUGCAUCGUCUUCAUACGAUGGCAUCGUUCGAAUAUGGCACGCUGAGACAGGAGACUAUUCUCCGCAGCAACAAUUGCCUCUGGAGAUAUGCCGCAUCAUUUUCUCGCAUAAUUCAACGUAUGUGGCUAUGGCUACAUCUGAUGAAACUUUUCUCUGGAUAUGGAACGUUAAUACGGGCGAGUGCUUCCGCAAGCUCACAUAUCGGGAGAACAUAUAUACUUUAGCCUUCUCACAUGAUUCAUCACUUAUAGCAUCAGCUUCAGAGGGUACCAUCCCAUUGUGGAGAGUUGAUACAGGCGAUUGCUUCCUUGAACUCGAAUAUGAAGAAUUCAGUCAGUCUUUGGCUUUUUCGCACGAUUCAUCACUUUUAGCAUCAGAAUCAGGCCACGCCAUCCAGUUAUGGAGUGUUGAUACGGGCGAGUGCAUCCGCGAAUUGAUGAGGGGCGGAAUUAUAAGAGGCGGAACUUGGUUUCCUGCGGUAGCCUUCUCUCAUGACUCAUCACUCAUCGCAUCAAGUUCUCAGCGCGGCAUCAUUCAGUUAUGGCGUACGAAUACUGGCGAGUGCGUUCAUAAAUUUCAUACACACAGACGCGAUGGCUUAGAUUACCUGUCAUUUACGCCUGAUGGUUUACAUCUGGUGACAAGAUUCGGGGCGCUUAUGACGCUCCGUGGUGAGCAAAUUAUCCGUUUUGACGGCUUUGGAUUCAACGAAGAUUACUCUUGGAUUACAUGGAAUGGUGUUAACUUGAUCUGGAUACCUACGGAAUAUCGGCCGGCCUUGGAUUGCAGCGUUGUGAGUAAGGGAACACUGGCUGUCGGCUGCAAUUCAGGGAGAGUCUGGUUCAUGAAGUUUUCGGCAUAUCCCCACUGA